GAGGGGGGAGAGGAGGGGGGGAGAGGGGGCAGAGUUGCUGUAAGUAGAAGCGCCUCGCAUUUGCAAAGCCAAAUCUGCGGGAGAAGCCGCAGCGCUGCAGCCCCGGAGAGAUGAUGAAGCCAUUGAGUCUGUUCCUUAUGCCUCUGCUGAUGGCAGUGGCGGUGGCGGAUGGCGAUCCUGUUAAAGGGGGAAAUAACGGCAAUUUCCUGGAGGAUGAGCAAUGGCUGUCCACCGUCUCCCAGUACAGUCAGCAGAUCAAAGACUGGAACCGAUUCAGAGAUGAGGUGGAGGAUGAUUACAUCCGAAGCUGGGAUCAGAAGCAGUCUUUUGAUGAAGACGGGAACUUUACAAAAGAUCCCUGUCAGAAGGUGAAGUGCAGCCGACACAAGGUGUGCAUCUCACAGGGCCCACAGAGAGCCAUGUGUAUCAGUCGCAAGAAGCUGCAGCACAGAAUCAAACAGUCUUCACCGAAACCCCAGGGGCAUGUGGAAAGCGUGUGCAAGCCAUGCCACAUGACGCAGACUUCCCCAGUGUGUGGCUCAGAUGGAAAUACGUACACAUCGCAGUGUAAACUGGAGCAGCAGAUAUGUCUGACUGGAAAACAGCUCACUCAACAGUGCCAAGGCCAGUGUCCAUGUCCAACAGGACAUGUGCUAACAGCCGAAAUAGAGAAGAAACCAGAAAGCUGUACAGGGCAGGAUCUCGCAGAUCUUGGAGAUCGGCUCAGGGAUUGGUUUCAACUGCUGCAUGAAAACGCCAAACAGAACAACUCAGGGAGUCCUUUUGCGAGGACAGCCAGUGUGCUGGACAAGAGCCUGAUGGCCAGCUGCAGGGAUUCGAUUGGCUGGAUGUUUACCAGACUGGAUAGCAAUACUGACCUGUUUCUGGAUCAGAUGGAGCUGGCAGCCAUCAAUCUGGACAAGUAUGAAGUCUGUGUGCGACCUUUCUUCAACUCUUGUGACACUUACAGAGAUGGACGGGUUUCCACCGCCGAGUGGUGCUUCUGCUUCUGGAGGGAAAAACCACCCUGCCUGGCUGAGCUGGAGAGGAUUCAGUUGCAAGAAGCAGCACGGAAGGUACCUGGCACUUACAUUCCCAGCUGUGAUGAGGAUGGAUAUUAUAGAAAACUGCAAUGUGAUCCCUAUUCUAGCGAGUGCUGGUGUGUGGAUCAGCACGGCAGUGAGGUGACUGGAACACGUACACGAGGGAAUCCUGACUGUGAUGAUGUGAUAAGUUUUUCUGGUGACUUUGGCAGUGGAGUCGGCUGGGAGGAUGAAGAAGAUAAAGAGACAGAAGAGAACACUGAAGAGAUAGAGGAGGAUGAGGGGGAGGUUGGGGAGGCUGAUGACGGAGGCUACAUCUGGUAGAGCUAAUGGAGUAAUAGCUAAACAACUAGCACUACUAACCCACUCUUUGGCACAUAUUCUCCAACCUUCCAUACACCACUCCUACUCCUAACUAAUUCAUCCUAUGCUCCACAUUGUUCAUCACUAGCCAUAUCGCCAUUGAAACUCCAGGAACUAGUGAGCGCACUAUUAACACUACUAACCACACUAUUUGACACCACUGAUUUAUCAUACUAACACUAAUGGGCAGAGCAAACUCCAGUGAUACCACUGAUGACUGACCACAAUAACUCAAACGGUGAUGUUAAAGCCACCCCCUCACCUGCCCCUGCAGUCACAACAACACAUUGACAUACUACAGUCCUGAACGUAUCACUCUCCUACAUGGGGCAGAAAUGAGGACCUCACUGCUGUGAGAUGUACAUGAGUAUGAAUGUAGACAGACAGAGAGAGUGCAGUUCAGCAGUUUCAUUCCAAAGUGUAUAGUAGACAACUUCGGAAACCAUGUAUUCUCUCAUCCAUUCCCUUUCUCACCACCCCCAACUCCUAUACACACACAGACACACACACACAGACCUGUAUUUACAUAUAAUUACUGUUUCUAUAAUGAUUUAUGCUCAUUUUGACAUGAAAGUCAGUACACUGAGGAUUACAAGUAUAAGCGGGGCAUCGUCACCAUCUGCACCAAUGCAACAUUUCCUUGUAUGUGAAGCUGGUGGGCUGGAAAUAGAUCCCCCAGAAUAGUUGAAGCAAGUGCAGUUUAAUGAGGUGCCAUCAAUAGGAAGCAUUAAAGCUUUUACAUGAACGCCAGAUAUCAUUGCAUUCAUAUCAACAAAGUGUAGCAAACUUUCAUCAAAAUUGUUCAGAAUAUCCAGUACUAGUGUCACUGAAAAUAGAUUCUUGAAAAAAACAUUAGGGAGAGAAGGUCUGACUCCUCAAUAUUAUGAAUAAUACAGUAUUUUCAAUCUUUA